CUAUUUUAUUACUCUCUCCACGUUUCAGGUUCCCCUUUCACAAUCCCCAUUAUAACCUUCAUUCUCUCUCCAACUCUUCAAACUCUCUUACCUAAAAGUCUCAAACCCUCAAAACUCACCAAAACAAAACCAAAAACAUAAACAAAAAGCAAAGUACAACAUGACCACCUAUGGUACUAUACCAGCUUCAUCACCAGCACAAGCCAACCUUGAAUACAUCUCACGGGCAAAAGAGAGAAUCAAGUCAGGCCUUGGCACUCGUAGACCAUGGAAGCUCAUGUUCCAUUUCUACAGUUUUGGCUUUCCUUCAAACUUUGGCGAUGCAGUCUCAAGGAUAAAAACAAACGUGGGGUAUUUUCGCAUGAACUAUGCCAUCGUAGCGCUUCUAAUUCUUUUCCUCAGCCUUCUAUGGCACCCCGUAUCGCUCAUAGUGUUUAUAGUAAUGAUGGCAGCGUGGUUUUUCUUGUACUUCUUGCGUGAUGAGCCACUCAUGGUUUUUGGCCGCGUGAUUGACGAUAGGGUGGUGAUGAUUGUGUUGGCUGUGUUGACCGUGGUGUUCUUGUUGUUGACAAAGGCCACGUUGAACAUCUUGGUGGCGCUGUUGAUUGGGGCGGUGUUGGUGGUGGUGCACGCCGCAGUGAGAAGGACUGAUGAUUUGUUCUCGGAUGAAGAAGCUUCUGGGUUGAUGACUGGUACUAGCUCUGGUGGUGGUGUUGUUGGUUCUGGAUCUAGUUCUUAAUUAAUCAAAAUUUGUGUAUGUUGCCAUGAAUUUUUGAUUUGUUUUGUUUUGUUUUGGGUUUUGUAAUUCUCCCCCACCCCCCAAUUUGGUGAUUUAGUACAGAGGAAAUGAGAUUUGUUUCUUUGGUUUCUUUUUCAA